AUGGAGCGUAGGUGGCGUCUCUCAGGUCUGACUGUUCAUUACGAGAUAUGGAAAGACUGCCUACAAGACUACAAGGCUGGAAUUGUUUCAGCCAGAUCUGACUACUUUUCUAAGAUGAUCAAUGACAGUCAGAGGCGUGAAGAGAAACAACUGCGAAUUAUACCUCUUGGGAAAACUGGUUGCGGGAAAAGUGAAACUGGAAAUACCAUUUUAAAUGGUAAAUUCUUCAAGGCUAAAUGUGAGCCUAUUUCUGUAACUAAAAUAUCUGCCUCUCAAACUGCAACUGUCCAUGGUAGAUCCAUCACAUAUAUCAACACACCUGGUGUUUUCGACACAUCUCUCUCCGAUGAAGAGUUGGAGAAAGAGAUAAUAAUAUCUUUUAUUAGAUGUUCUCCUGGGCCUCAUGCUUUCCUAAUUAUUCUCAAAGUUGAGACGUACACAGCUCAUGAGAUAGAGAUUGUGAGAAAAAUCAGAAGCCUGUUUGGUGAAGGUGUCUUAAAAUAUGCAGUUGUCCUCUUCACUCAUGGUGAUAAUCUGGAUGAAGAUCAAACCAUUGAGCAAUUUGUGAGCAAGAAUUCAGAGUUACAGCAGUUGGUGGAUAAGUGUGGAGGACCCUGUCAUGUUAUUGAUAACAAAUACUGGAAUAAUAAGAAAAAAGGAUACAGGAGCAAUAAAGUUCAGAUAAAAAAUCUACUGAGCACUAUAAGCAAAAUGGUGGAGAAGAAUGAAGGUUACAGAGAAUGUUAUUCUAAUGAAAUGCUCCAAGCUUUAGGGAAAUACAAUGAAGUUAGAAUACAGCAGCUUAGAGAAGAAUUAAAAGGCAGAUCAACUGAGAAGAUCAGAGCCGAGGCAGAAGAAAAAACAUAUAGAUGGGCAAAGUCAUCUCAAUCACAUCGUGGAGCAACAGAGUGGCUACGAGCUUUCUUGGGAUCUGUUUAUCCUUGUUUUGGAAAACAUUGUUCCAGUGUUGAUCAAGAUUACACUCCAAUGCUUUUAAAAAACGAAUAA